AACAGUUGAUGCUAACGAGGCUGAGGAACUUCGGGGUGCCGUUAUAGCUGACACUGUCCAGGACAUUUCUCCUCGAGGCACUGUCCAGGACGAAGAGAUGGAUGAGGGCAUAGUUGUAGCUGACACUGCCCAUCAGUCUGAAGCCCACGUUUCUCCUCGAGACACUGUCCAGGACAGCACUCUAGCCGUUGUAGCUGACACUGCCCAUCAGCGCGAAGCCCACGUUUCUCCUCGAGGCAGUCCUGUAGAGAUGGAUGAGCACACUGAAGGCUCUCCCGUGAUCUCCGAAGAGGUAGUGAUGGAUGAGGGAGAGACUGUCCACGCCGAAGAGAUGGAUGACUCUCCUGUGAACUCCGAUAAAGCAGAAAAAGAAGAGGUGGAUGAGGACAGUGAAGACUCUUCCGUGAGCUCCGAUACAGCAGAAAGGGAAGAUGACAAGGAAGGUGGUAACCGUAACCCCGAUACAACAGACAUUGAAGACUCUUCCGUGAGAUCCGAUACAGAAGAAAAGGAAGAUGACAAGGAAAAGGCUCAGGAAGGUGGUAAGAAGAGUGCUGAUAAGAAUAUUGCUGAUACAAUAGCAAGGACACCAGCAAGGAAACGUUGCUGGAAUAGGAGUGCUGAUAAGAAUACUGCUGAUAAGAAUACAACAGUAAUGACACCAAAAGAGAGACAUGACAAGAGGAAGAGGAACUUUUCCGCCAAAGCGGUGUCUCCCGUUACUUUUGGGGUAAAGGAAUUAUUGCCUGCUACAGACUGUGAGGAGAUCUGUAAACUUCUCAAAGAGAAAUACAAUGGUGAUGAAGUGUUAAAUUUGGGUGGGACUAUCAUGACGGGGGCUCAGCUGCUGAAGUGUAUAGAGGAUCCUAAGAGUGCCCCGAAUCUUCUGGGUGUUUUUGUUGAAUGCCUCAAGCAGGAUGAUAACAAGAACGGCAAUAAUAAUAAAAGAAUAAUUAUCCAACCACAACAUCAGUUGGAUGAAGAAUUUGUGCAAGUGAUUAAGAAAGAGAUCGGGAGCAGCAAAAAAGAUGGAGGGUAGAGCAGAGAUUCCUAUUUUGUGCUAUCACUGAAGAAGAUCCUAACACUCAAAAACAAGAAGGCAUAAUUCUUUUCCUCGAUAGUGAGCAAAAAACCCAGAUCAAGAAACUCGAGGAUAGUUGUUAUGCAGCAGAAAAGGUUUAUAAUAUGGAAACAGAUUACAAACUGGGCAAAGGUACUGAAGAUGAUGUUUUUGACGAUGAGGUUGAUAAUAACAUUGGACACCUUGUAGAGGUCGAUGUAAACAGUAAAGAAAAGGGU